UGCACACUUCACUGCAAGGCUUCGAUUACAGAAGAUAACAGAAUGGAGAUGAAUGAUUACAGAAGAGCAAAACCUGGUAUUAAGUAUGACAAAUUUGAUUCAGAUGACUCUGACAACAGUUUGGAAAGCAACAGGACUACAGCCUCCUAUCAGGAACCCAAGAGCUCAGGACGAGACACUGCAGGAAGCAGAACCUACAUACUGACUGCAGUGUGUCUGGGGCUGCUGUGUGUUCUCCUGCUGAUUGCCAUCACAGUGAUGUGUACAAAGUUGAAUCACCUGGCUACUCAAAGAGACCAGCUAAAGAUGAGCAAGAACAACCUGACUUUGGAGAAAGAUGAAUUACAGGCCAGUUACAACAAACUAACUACAGACAGAGACCAGUUACAGACCAAUUACAACAAACUCACUACAGACAGAGACCAGUUACGUACCAGUUACAACAAACUCACUACAGACAGAGACAAGUUACAGACCAGUUACAACAAACUCACUACAGACAGAGACCAGUUACAGACCAGUUGCACCAAACUCACUACAGACAGAGACCAGUUACAGAUUAAAAACAGCAAUCUGGUUAUAGAGAGAGACCAGUUAAGGAUCAGUUACAAUAACCUGACUGUAGAUAGAAGCCAGUUACAGACCAGCUAUAACAAUGUGACAAAUGAGAGGGACCAGUUAAAGAAGGAGAAUGACAAGCUGACUAUAGAGAGAGACCAGUUAAAAACCAGAUGCACUAACCUGACUAUAGAGAGAGACCAGUUACAGACCAGGUACACCAACCUGACUAUAAAAAGAGACCAGUUACGGACCAGUUACAACAAACUAACUACAGAUAGAGACCAGUUACAGAUUAAAAAUAGCAAUCUGGUUAUAGAGAGAGACCAGUUAAGGACCAGUUACAACAACAUGACUGUAGAUAGAAGUCGGUUACAGACCAGCUAUAACAACGUGACAAAUGAGAGGGAUCAGUUAAAGAAGGAGAGCGACAAGCUGACUAUAGAGAGAGACCAGUUAAAAACCAGAUGCACUAACCUGACUAUAGAGAGAGACCAGUUACAGACCAGGUACACCAACCUGACUGUAGAGAGAGACCAGUUACAGGCCAGUUACAACAGUGUGACAAAUGAGAGGGACCAGUUAAAGAAGGAAAAAGAUGAGCUUCAGAACAAGUUGGCUGUUAUUGAUACAUGUAACCAGGAGGAAUGGCUGGACUUUGGUGGCAAAAAGUACUAUGUCUCUACUGGAAAGAAGAGCUGGAGUGAGAGCAGAGAGGACUGCAGACAGAGAGGAGCAGACCUGGUGAUCAUAAACAGCAGAGAAGAACAGGAAUUUUUGCUUAAAACACUGUACGGAGAUCGAGCUUGGAUUGGUCUGACUGACACAAAGACAGAAGGGGACUGGAAAUGGACAGACGACUCAGCACUGACCAUUAAUUUCUGGUGUCCAGGUGAACCAAAUGAUUCAAAUCAUGAGGACUGUGCGGAGCUUUUGAGUAUGACAGAUAGGAAGUGCUGGAAUGACAUUCCAUGUUAUCUCAAAGAAGGGUGGGUCUGUGAGAAAAGUGCUUAAGUUAUAGAGAGAUCGCUUCUGAAGAAAAGGCUCCAUCACAAAACAAGCCAAAUGUAAUGGAUAAUGUAACCCUACACACUUAAAAGCAGGAGAGUUUCUAAAUGGUGCCUGUAAUCACUGUUAUAAAAUACACUUGGAGGUCACAUACACAAAAAAAGAAACUUAGAAAGGGUCACAUGACUGCACAAACAAGACAGUAUUGUCUGUGAGAUGGUGCAUUGAUAAGAGAGAAGUCACUAUCAGGUACAUAUUGGGUCAUUAAUAAAGUUAUUGUUAUUUUAGCUGCCUAUCACAACAUAUUGGAGUUCAGUGGAUUAAUGUAGUGGUUCCUAACCCUGUUCCUGGAGUACCCCCCACACAUUUUCAUGUUUCCCCUGCUCCUAACACACACAAUCCAACUAAUAGCACAGCAACCCUUUUAUGACGAAGUGGAUGUGUAGAGAGCUGGAAAACACUACAAUGUGCAGGGCAGGGGGAAUUCCAGAAACCACUGGAUUAGUGAAUAUGAUCAGGAGGUAUGUAUUUACAUCUAAAUCAUCCGAUUUGCAUGUCUAUAUCCUCAAAUUAGGGCUGAAACUCUGAACUUUGAGCUCAUAUUAUUUCAUUUCAACUCCAAUAUGCUGUAACAGACAGCAAAAAGAACUAUCCUUGUUUACAUUCAAAUAUUUUUGGACCUGACUAUAUGUGAUCCUAUGAGUGCCAGAUGUCAAACACUUAAGCAACAGAACACGAGAGGGAGUGUGUUAUCGCUAAUCUGCGAUAACAUACAACCUCGAGUGUUCUAUUGCUGUUAUACAACAGUUGAUUAAAUAAAGUAAAAAAUUAAUAAACCAGGCCGUGAAUGCAGCAUUUAAUAAGUUUUAAUGUUAGCAAUUCCUUUCGCCAAAUUAUAGUUCCUUAACAAGCAGCUUGUUGUUACGUCAG